UCGGCAAUACGAAAAAUCCAUUGCAGGAGCUAAUAUAGUCGGUUAUCUCUUGUUUAGCUAUUUUAUACGCGUCGCGAUUGCUAAAUUUUUUGUUGUGCUUGUUGGUGCCCGUGUCAUCGUCAUUAUCCUUGUCUAUCUCUCAUUAGACAGGCAUAUUAUCUAUGACCGGCACUGGAUGCUUGGCCCUUUCGGCUAUGAUAACGAGGCAGUUGAACAAUUGAAAUAGAAGUCACAAACGCCACAUAAAUUGUGCUUAAUUAUCACUUUGAUUUAUCAAUUGCCAUUUCACGAACAUUUUUACGAGAUUAUGACUACACGACGGACAAAAUACACUUGCACAGUAUUUAUCGGUGCGUAAUAUCUCUAAAUAGGAAGUGAAAGUAUUCGUUUGACACAGCGAAUUGCUGCUGGAGCUUGUUUGUUGCGAACAAUUUUGUUCUUGUCAACGUGUCGUUGUCGGUUGUCGUGAGUUAUUGGUGUAAUUUCAAUUGGAGCCAAUUCAACUCUCUAUUGUCGAAUCGAAAAUACAUGAACCCGAAAAGUGUGGCUGGCAUACAGAGAAUAAAAGAAAACCGGAAAAUUAGCAGAAAUAUAUUUUCUCCCCUUUUCAUUCUUUGGCUCCUUCGUUGUGCUCUUUAUAACUAUUCGCGCACAAAUCGCCUUCGAACACAAGCGGAACAAUUGAACGUUCAUUCAAGUGAACACAACAAGUCAUCAAUCUAAUAAUACAGUGUAUUUGAUUUUAACGGCUCACUAGAUUUUCAGUGAGAGUGAUUUGUUUUUUUUUUCGUUUGCUUCGUACCGAUUCCGAAUGUGAAUCCAAAACGUUAUAACACAAAAAAAAAUUGGAAAACGAAUAAAAGGAAGUGUAUCGGUGUGCAUUUCGUUUAGUGAGUUCAAUGUGAAACAGAGUAACAUUUUACAGUAGCAAUUUGUUUGAAAUGGUUGAUAACGACGAAAAACAGCGGAGAGGCAAGUUUUCCGAAACAAGUUUCAUCGGAUGAAAGACGCCAGAAAAAAAAAAUCGGGCAAAUGCCAAGUGACAUUUCUGAUAACAAAAUAGCGGGAGAAAAAAUCACAACGAAAAACGAAUACGCGUCCCAUCGAUACGCAUAUUUUGAUGCUGAUUUUUGAAACGCGGUACGAAGUGCCAUUUCAUAUUGAUGAUAAAAACAGCAAGAAAACUCAAAAUUGUUGUUCAUCCUUCGUCACCGUACCACCGUGUUGUUUUUGCGAACAAAUGCAAAGCAGCGUGACACUUGAAUCAAUACCAUUUCCAUACGCAUUUGUCGUUCACGCGCCGCGUCAAACAAUCCCAGACAAACAGUCGAACGAUUGACGCUCUGCUCAUGCAAAAAAUUGAAAAUACACGCCUAAUGCUAACAGAGCGCAAAUAUCCGAAAGAUACAUCCAUCUUAAUGCCAACAUGUCGAGCUGAUCACGUGAAAAACUUGAUAGUCGAACAAUUGAUAAAAUUUCAUUUUUUGCGCUCGCUUGUGCACAUAUCGCUGGUUUAGUGAAGGGUGGGUGUAUGUGAGUGAGUGAGUGUGUUUCCGUUUAAAUUAACACCGCCAAUCGCAUUGUUAUUUUGAAGUGCUCUGGUUGUAAUCUUGUCACUUUACGUAAAUCGAUAGCCAGAACAAUCGCUCGCCUCCGCUUGUGCCAUGCACAUUUCCAUUUGUGCACCACGUUGAAAUACGAGAUAGCAGUGAUUUGUGGCCAUAAACUUUGUUCGGUUGACAACCGGAAUGGAAAAGUUUUGUGCGAUGGAAAAAAAGUGAAUGAAAAAAAUCUUCGAAAUUAAAAAAAAAACAGUCGAAUUUCUUUGUGCUUUUGACUAAAAAAAUCAACUUGAAAAUUUGGCUAAUAUUUUUGUUCGAGUAAAUAAAAGCCUCGAGCGAAAAGGGAAUCGGAACAUAAUAAACUCAAUUACUCAAAAUAAAUAAAUGACUUUGACUGAUGUAACUGAACGGCUAAGGAGAAGAAUAAACAAUUUACAACGAGACAAAAGUUAAUGAUAUUCCAUUUUGCUGUGGAACAUUUGGACAAAAAAGGACGCGCAAUUUUCUUUUUGGAAGAAGAAAAAAAAUUAAAGAAACACGCAAGCAGAAAAAAAAAGAGUGGAAGACAAGCGAAAAGGGCUCAUGCUAUUGACAUUUGGCUGAAGUAGUUGAGAGCUGGAGAAAAACAGCUCGAACCGAUCGAAGUGAGUGGGGACGAAACGGAACCGAGAUAUCAGGUAUUUUCCGGUCCAUCAACAGAAACCAACGAUAUUGCGCGCAAACAUUGGGAAUUGAAUGAUAUGGAUUUUGAAGUCCACUGAAAAAUUUGCGCUGCUGUAUAGGUUUGGAUAUUGACGAACAACUGGAGCAAAUAUCGAGGAAAUUGCAUUCGAAUAUGGAAUAUAUGAGAGUGACAAUAAAGAAAUAAUCGUUGAUAGAGUUCGUUUGAAAGCGAUCGGACUUUCACCAAGCUUGAAACCAUGGAAAACAAUCAAGAUAACCGUAAUAAUAUAAAAAUUCACAAAAAGUCAAGCAAUUGAAUGAAAAAGAAAAUGUUCUUGCGAACACCAAGAGCAAAUUAAAGACCAAAGAACGAAGAAACGAUUCAAAUUUGAGAAAUUGUGCAAUUGGAGAAAUUGAAAGCGAUGGCUGAAAAAGACGCUACUCGAUAUCGCUAUGAACCAUAUCAGCCGCUGACAUCAAAGCAGCAAAAUACCAGUGGAAAAACGUGUGAACCACCGACAACACUGAAACUCAGCGGAAACACAACAAAAGGCAAAAAAUCCGAUGAAAACCCAAAAUCAAAGUGUUGUUGUUGCCCCGGCCCGAAGGCACGAUCUUUUUGGAUUAGUCUAUUAAUGAAUUUAGGCAUUUGCUCAUUACUGUUCGGUUACACGUUGCUCGGUUCGUUUUUGUUUUUGUUCCUUGAAGGUGGUGCACAAACAAUGCAUCAACGUACACUUGCCUCUACGAAUCGCCAUCGAAUCGCAUCGUCUCGAAAUGCCGACAAUGUAACACUGUCCGAAAUUACUGCGGCCGAAGCAUUGGAAGCGCGCCAGAAGACGGUCGAAAACAUCUGGGAAAUCACUGUAUCGUUGAAUAUUUUAUAUCGCGAAAAUUGGACGCGGCUUGCCGCACAAGAAAUAGGUAGAUUUCAAGAUCAAUUAAUUCGCAAAUUGACUGACGAAAUGAAUGCACAGCAUCAUACUGAGGGCAAUGGGCCAGCAACUGGCGCUGUCAUUGUGCACGAUCACAUGCAAGAGCAUGAAUGGACUUUGGCUCGAGCAUUUUUGUAUUCGCUUACUGUGCUCACUACAAUCGGCUAUGGAAAUUUGGCGCCACGUACAACGCUUGGUCGUAUCGCGACGAUGGUGUAUGCAAUACUGGGAAUCCCAUUAACAUUAAUUUAUUUAUCAAGUACGGGCGGUGUUCUGGCACGUGUUGCUCGCGGUGUAUUUUCACGAGCGCUGUGCUGUUGUCUGUGCUCAAACUGUGGCUACUGUUGCUACGAUGAAAAGCGUAUGGCUGAGAAAGAGCGUCGUUUGAAGCGAAAACGUCAACAAGAGGAAUUACGUGCCCAGCAAAUGGCAUUACAGGAACCGUAUUAUGUGCGAUCGAAUUCACUGCACAAUAAUCUUCAUUCGCCAGAGAAGCAAAUCCAAAUGGCCGAUGUGGAAUCGAUAAGUACCAGCGAAUCGAGAACAUCAAUGCAUGGCUUAAGCAUACUUGCACCGAUUCUCUUGUGCAUGAGCAUGAUGACAAUUUAUGUGCUAUUUGGUGCACUUGCAUUGGUACGGCUCGAAGGAUGGCCAUUCAUACAGGCAAUCUAUUUUUGUUUUAUGAGUUUAUCGACCGUCGGUUUUGGCGAUAUAUUGCCCGGUUUGCAUAAGGAAUCGAGCACAACCACAUGGUUUUGUUCGAUUUAUAUUAUGUGCGGAAUGGCAUUGACAGCCAUGUGCUACAAUGUGUUGCAUCAAGAAAUUGCCUAUCGUUUACGUACCAUUGUCGAUACGAAACACAAAAUUUCACAUAUCUCACGAGCAGCCACAGACGAUCCAAACGAUUUUCUAGCCUCCUGACGGUACGAGAAAAAUACCAAUCUAUAUCACCGUAAUCCCACUGAAGAGACAUUAAUUACGGGAACACCAACGUCAUUGCUGUUCGCACAAGAGCCCGACAUGAGUCAAUUGAACGUGCUUAAGGACUGUAGCAAUCAUGCCUUGGGCCAUGAAUUAGUUCCAAUUGUAACAAUGAAUGAGCAAAUGGCAUCGAUGAUGCCUGAAGUGUUGGACAAUUUACCGCCACCACCGCCCAUGCAAAUUCAAAUGAUUUCAGUGUCACAACAAUCACCGAUGCAAAUGCAAUCGUCAUCUCAACCGCUGCAGACAACAUCACAAGCAGCCAUGGGACUGACUGGUGUCUAUACAUUGACCGAAGAACCGGAACUCGAAGCUGAAGAGAAUACAUCAAUGUAAUCGAAUUUCGUAUGAAUGGACGAACGGAUCAAUCGACCCACAGAAUAAAAAAAACACUGAUUCGUAAUGUGUCGAGUUGACACAACGUCAACCAUACGAAAACACUUUCCGAUCUUUUUAAAAAAAGGACCUUUACAUUGGUGACAAGAGUGUUUCGUUACACGCUAUGGGUUCAUUUUGUCAUUCAAUUAAUAAUAAGUUGAAACCGAAAUAAAAGUAAAAAUAAUCGGAUCAUAUUUUACAUGAAAAAAAAUGUAUAACAAUUGAAUCGAUGUACAUAAAAAAAGGGAGGCAGAGGCCAUUGUCGUGUUAUAGCUCAUCAUUGAAAUAAUAAACCUAGGGAAAAAAGCUGAAAAACACUCAUAAAACAACAUGUAAAUUAAAAAUUUACCAUAAAAUAUCAGCUCAUAUUCACCCAUUCACCCAUUCACGUCAUAAAGUGUAUAAUUUUAUUAAAUGGAACAUGUAACCAUUGGUCGAGCGAGCAACGGAAAAAGAGAGAGACAAAGAAUAUGUUCAGUAAAAAUGCGAAACAACUCAAUUAAUUUCGAUCGAGUUUAUGGUGGAUUUUUUUUAUGAAAUCAUUUAUUAGAAUUCCGCAAUAACAAUUAAUAACUGUUCUCGUUCGACUGAAUGCAUCAAAGAUCCGAUGGACUAACGAAAUUAAUGAAUCCAUAAACGAUCAUCUAGUGUGCGUUAGUGUAUAUAUAUGUUGUUAUAGCAUAUUGGGACACUACUUUUGAUUCAUAUAUGGCGGAAGAGUGAAUUGUUAAUGCAUUGAGUUGGCUUACAUGGAAGAUGUGAGCAACAGCAUGGAAUCAAAUAUAAUUAAAAGAAUAAAAUUAGUGCAUUUGGUAUAUGGACAGAAAAAAAAACAAUUCCCAUCACGCUCGACUUUUUAGCGGAUAAGUUUAAAAUUCAUAACAACAAUGAGAGUUGUCUCAAAAAACACAUUGGCAGAACAAAAAAAAAAUCCACUCUUUUAAUUUAUGCAAAUUGAAUGUAAAUAGACAUUAAUUGGAUUUUUCAAUUCAUUUUUUUUUCGAAAAUAAGAGUUUUAUGCAUAAAAAAAUAUUAUUAAUAAUGAUAAUAGUAAUGAUAAUGACACACAAAUACAAUGAGAAACUUCAAAUUGAUUUGUUACAUUUAAAUCUAUUUACAUUAGGUGGGUUGUAAUAGCGGACGAGUAUGUGUGUCAAUUUUUGUAUAUAUACAUAUAUGUGCACAUUGAACGAUUGGAUGAAUCCCCUCAGGCCCAUUGUCCAAAGUGGGCAACAACAACCAAAAAACUACCAGCUCAACGACGAAUUUUCGAUUUAGUCAUUAUCGAAUAAAAACUGACGGAAGAAUAAAUACACAAAUGGAGAACAACAACCAAAAUCAUUAUAUGGAACUAGAUGAAUGUAGAGCAUUUAGCUAAAUAAACAAAAAUACUAAAAUUUAAAUAUUGAACUAUCGAAAUUUGUAAACGUUUUUCAUAACCGUUCAUGUAUAACACACAAAUAUCGGUGAACUCAAUGCGGCUGUUCGUGAUUAUGACCGGCGGCUUUUUGAUUAUUCAAACAUUUUUUUUCCGACUAAAUUUGAGUUAAUAUGGAAUUGGUUUUUAAAUUGGUAUUUUUUUAAUUACUUAUUACGAGUUAUACUUGCUUCAUUACUCUGCAUUUUUCCACUCUGAAUAUUCGUGGAUAAAAUUAUUUUGAACAUUUGUGUUGUUUUUUUUUUUGUUGACGUCACCUGCGAUGAAUAUUUGUUUACAUCCUCCAAAAAUUGCGUUUCAAUCAAAUGGAAUUUUUACUAUGAAUUCAUUUUAAUGGAACAUUUUUUGAAGCAAAAAAAUUUAUUCCCGCUUUUUUGAUUUCACUGGAAUGCAAAAUAUUCGAAUAAAACAAAAAUUACGUGGGCCAUAAUACGAAGGCUAGUAAAGCUUACCGAUAUACUAUAAAACUUGUGAGCACUUUGAAAUGCUCAAUAAUCAGUAAAUAGACGUAAACAAAAUGAAUUCUAAACUACGAUUCAUUGGAUGUAAUGUAUGGCCGAUUGAGCAUUCACUGCGAAAACGAAGAGGAAAUCGAAUGAAAAUGAAAUAAAAAUUGACAUAUCUUUGUUACUUCACUAUAUUUCCGUGAGAGCAAAAUUUCAUUCAAAUUCCAGCGUUAAGUUUGGUGAUUUCAUCUCGAAAAAAUUCUAUAUAUUUUACUAUUUUUAUUUGUUCCUAUUAAACUUUCGAUUGCUCAUUUCAACUUUUUAGGCGUCAAUACACAAGAGAUUUCCGGAAAAAAAAAAUCCAACAAAUUGAACGUCGUCAACGUUUAAUCUAUAAUUACCAAGUAAAAUUGUGAUAAUAAAUCAAUACUUUGUAGAGUCUAAUUGGAAAAUACUAUAUAACUUGUGUAUGAAACCAGAGGAUGGCAUUAAUCAAUAAACUGAAUACUAACUAACAAACAAACCAACCAAAAUUAUUGUCGAUGUAAUAAAAACAAAACCAAAUCUUAAAAACUAUUACAUACAAAUAAAGAAUAUAAAUACGAAUAAA